GCCCACGCUGCCGCCCUCCCAUCAUCUUCACAGCCGAGAGAGAGAGAGAGGCCAUCUCCCCCUUCCCGGAAACGCAUUCUUGCCGGGGACAAAAGCCUCACGUCCCGUCACCUUCACCUUCGCCACCGUUCACACCCCCCGCGACGCCACCGCCACCUUUAUAUCCUUCUCCCCGCCACAUCCUCGCUCCUCGUCUCCGCCGCGAGCUUCACCUGAAUCCGAUCCGAUCACCCUUAGCAACCCAGAUGUUCCUCACCGACAAGUACCACGCGCUUCUCCCUUUCCACGCCAGCGGCGGCGGCGUGAAGGAUCACCGGCGGAGGCCGGGCAAGGCGGUGCCCGGGGCGGCGGGUGGUGGUCCCGGGUCCGCCCGGUUCGGCGCCGCGCUGUCCGCGAGGCUCGGGAGUUUGCUGCCGCUGCCGGCGUCGCCGUUGGCUGCGUUGGCGCGGCUCGCGGAUCUCCUCGCGCUUGCCCUCGCUGACGCUGUUCCCGCGUUGGCUGGUGAGGGGGACGCGGCCGCCGUCGCCGCGCACCUCGACGCCGGGGUCGCGCUGCUCGACGCCUGCAACGGGAUCACCGCGCGCCUCGACCGGCUCCGCCGCCGCCGCCUGCUGUCCCGGUUCGCGCUCCACCUCCUCUCGUCGUCGUCACCACCGCUGCCUUCCUCGGUCCGCCGCGCGCGCGCCGCGCUCGCCGACCGUGACGAGCGGGCCCCGGCGUCGCCUCCCCCGCCGCUCCCUUCUCUCCCGUUCGACCAGCCCCGCGACCGCGUCUCCGGCGCCGCGACCGUCCUCCUCGCCGUCGACGCCGUCUCCUCGCUCGCAGCGGCGGCCGCGUCCGCCGUCCUCUGCGGCGACGCCCUCCACCAGAUCGCCUUCCCCCUGGUCUCCGGCGAAUUCCCGUGGACCGAGGCCUUCAACGCCGUGUCCAUCCAGCUCGCCGCCCUCGCCACCAAACCCAGCGAGGUGGACGCCGUCGACGAGGCCGUCGGCAAGCUCAAAUCCGUGCUCGACAACGGCGACGGCGACCUCGACGAGGCGGCGCUGCGGGCGGCGGUGCAGGAGGUGGAGAGGCGGACGGAGGAGCUGACGGCGCCGUUGGACCGGCUGUCCGACGCCGUCAACGGCGUGUUCCGGGCGGCGCUGUGCCUCCGCAACGCGGAGCUCGGGAGCAUCAUGGUGGGACCCGCCGAAAAGACGCCGUGUAAAUAGCCGUUUCCACCGUGUGUCGUCCGUAGCCAUACUGGUAUGUCACUGUAUAAAUACAAGUAUAAUUCUGGAAGUAGUACAGUUCUACAGGUACAGGGCAACAUGGGGUGGUGUCUCAGCCAAAUGCAGUGGUUUGGUGCUUUUUCUACCAGCUGUUACUACUAUCUGUGUGUCAAGGUUGCCACAUAUGAGAACACAGUGCAAUUCGCACCCUUUUGCAGAUGUGGAAUCCAGUAAAAACUUGGGAAAACCGUGGCAACUGUUCACCUACCUAUGUAAUUUUGCGGCUUCAUACAUACUGUAUGUAUACCAUGAGGAACUUUGUGAAGAAAAUCUCUCUUACCGACUUCACCAGUUGAAACAGACACAUUAAUGAAACAAUCAGCUUAUUAUGGCUCA